AUGAACGGGACGGAGUCACUCGAUCGCUACUUCAGCUCUGCUGUCACGAGGCGCAGUUCAUCUAAGAAGAAGGGCCGUAGCAAGCACCACUCAAGUGCCAAUGCCCACUCUCGCGGCACAAGCCCGUCCUCUUCGUCAUCUGUCGAACCCAGGACCUCUUCGCAACUGACGCAUGAUAUGAAGAACUUUCAGACAGAAUUGGAUGAUACUCAGCGAAGGGUCAAUAAGUUGCGCGAUGAAGUCGACCCUAAACAUUCCGGUUCCAAGUCGUCCAGGUCCGGAUCUUCUAAGACGAGAAAGACGAAGAAGCACAGCUUUGUGGAUGAUUCUCUGGACGUGUUUCUUAGAGACUUUCCCGAUGACUACUUGCGCAAUCAUCAGCGCUACUAGGCUGUUUUGUUCUGUAAGGUGGUUCCGGUUGGGCGGAUGGUAUCGUCACAUAGUAGUAUGCAGCUCUUCCUUCCGGAAUUAGCGCUUUUAGAAAUUGUUUGACGGAAGACUGUUGAUCCCUACUUUCUUUGAAAGUCAGAAUUAAACCCCUGCUUGUUUCAA